AUGCUACUAAAUAUUCUAUUCGGAAGUCAAACUGGUACGGCAGAAGAUGUUAGCGAACGAUUUGCAUGUAUGGCUCGAUCUGCCGGUGUGCAAUGUCGUGUGCAGCCAUUGGAUUCGAUCACCUCGAUCGACGAUCUUGGAACUUAUAAUCUUUUUAUUGUUUCGACAACAGGUGAUGGUGAAGAACCUGAAAAUAUGCGACAAUUUUGGCGAUUGAUUAUGCGAAGAUCGUUAUCAGUUGUUUUGUCACACGUUCAUUAUGCUUUGAUUGGAUUGGGUGAUUCAACAUAUCCGAAAUUUAAUUUCGUGGGGAAAAAAUUAUCAAAACGUUUGGAACAGUUAGGUGCACAAGCUAUCUGUGAGAAAGUGCUUGCUGAUGAACAACAUCCACAUGGAACGGAUGGCUGUAUCGAUCAGACAUUUACAAGCAUAUUCUGGAAAGCUUUGGGUGAUCUAAUCGGUCAAGAACUUCAACCAAGGAUUGAUCAGCGUUUGCCAAGUAAAUAUCAAAUUCAAUGGAUUGAUUCCGAUGAACCACAUAUUCCAUCGAAUGGCACUAUGCAAACAUUAAAAAAUAUUCCGAAAAUUCCACCUGGUUAUUCUUCCGUUCCUUUAAUUUCGAAUACACGUGUGACCUCCGAAGACCAUUGGCAAGAUGUUCGUCUACUUGAAUUUGAAACCGAUCUUUCGUAUAAAUGCGGCGAUGUUGCUGUGAUUCUUCCUCAAUGUCCAAUUGCGUCGGUUCAUCUUCUUGCUAGUAUUUUCCGCCUCGAAGAUAAGCUCGACCAUCGUUUCAUCGCUUCGAAUGAAAUAUCGUCACUAUCAAUGACAGUCUUAGAGUUAUUUCGCGAUUAUUUGCAUAUAACUCGCGUCCCAUCACGAUCGUUCUUCGAAAAAUUAGUUUGGUUUGCUGAUGAUGAGCUAGAACGCGAACGGUUAUUAGAAUUUUUACAAGCCGGAAAUAUGGACGAUCUUUACACAUAUUGUCAUCGACCGCGACGUACAAGUGUCGAAGUUCUACAAGAUUUUCCUCAAACCGCAUCACGUAUUCCAUUCGAAUACGUCUUUGAUUUAUUUCCACACAUUCGGCCACGUUCGUUUUCGAUUGCAUCAAGCCCGAAAAUUCAUCCUAAUCGAAUACAAUUACUGGUCGCAAUUGUUCGUUACAAGACAAUUAUAGCUCUUUAUCGCGAAGGCUUGUGCAGUAAUUACCUAUGUCGACUUCAAUCAGGUGAACGUAUUUUCAUGCGAAUAGCUACAUCAUUCAAUUUAAUCGAUGAUGAUCGACCAGCUAUUAUGAUUGGACCUGGAACCGGUGUGGCACCAUUUCGUGGAUGGAUAUUAGAGAGAAGUUUGAACCAAGAUAAAUUGAAUAUGCUCUUCUUCGGCUGUCGAUAUCGAAAAAAGGACGCUUAUGUCGAAAAUGACCUUCUGAAAGACUCGAUAAAUCUGAUCUACAUUCCAGCCUACUCUCGUGAUCAAGACGAAAAGAUCUAUGUUCAACAUAAGAUCAUUGAGUACGGUCAUUUAGUUUGGGAAUGGAUCUCUCAUAAACAUGCACGCGUAUAUCUUGCUGGUAGUGCUAAACAAGUGCCUGAACAGAUAUCCGAUGCAUUGAAAACAGUGUUCAUCAAGUACGGAGAGAUGAGUAACGAGCAAGCGGAUGAUUAUCUUCGUGAAUUGGAACGUGCGAAACAAUUUCAGCGAGAAACCUGGUCAUAG